UUUAAAAGCCGAGACGGACCAGCACAGACUGAAAACCCGGACAGACAGCAAGCCAGGCAGAACAUAGUCCCGCUACCUGCCCGCUUCACCUCAUCGGCAUCAAUAUUAUUGUUUUGAUGACGUAACCCGAGACAAAAACAGAUAAAAAAAAAUUCACCGACGCCAUUCACAGCGGGACACCUGUGAUGGAGUGACACGGCUUCCUCCGGGCGGACUUUAAACAUCUCCGGAGCCUUCUCCCCGGCGCAUCCACGGCUUCUUUCGGCAGCUUUUAUUCCAUCUUAUGGCCACCUGUUACCGUCAGGUUCAGACCUGCAGACAGACUCGCCGCGGAUCUUCAGAAAACCUCCACCAAGCUACAACUGACAUGGCCAGAGCACAGACCAUACAGAGCGCUGGAGAAACCCCUGCUGGAGGAAACUCCUCUGUUCCAUGUCACAACACCUGCCGAGUGGAGCUGCCUUGCCCCCUCCACACCUGGCCUGGGAUGCUCAAUAGUACGACCACCACCCCCUCCUCCUCCGGGACCAGCUCUGGUGCCAUACACAUCCACCACUAUCACCAUCACCACCAUCACCUGCAGCCCAUGCAGGCUCUCUAUGUGUCGUACCCGCUGUCGUACUCCCACCCAGACGACCACGACGACCCCCGAGUUCACCAGCAGUUACCUGCAGCAUCGCCUCCCGACCGGAGGGAUUUGAGGUGCAGAGGUGCACCUGCACCCGGUGACAUCUCAGGAGAACGUUCAGACUCGAGCAGACGGGAGCUCCAGCAGCCCUCCAGCCGUCUGCGACCUCAGUCUAACAUGUUGCCCCGAAAUGAGCGGCCAUCCUGGGCUUCGCCUCGCCGCAGAGCUCCUGUGGGAGAAGCAGUGCAGGAACAGGAGAUCAGGAGGGUGGCGAACCAGCUGAGGACAAUUGGAGAUGAGCUGAACGUCACGCUCCUCCGUAGAGCGCACGGCGGCCCUCACUGGCACGACUUCAGAGACGUCUGCCGAGGACUCCUCAGCUUCAUCACCCAGACUCUCAGCACUCUCUACAGGCUCACAUAGACUUGCUGUAGCGAACAAGACAACCUGGACUGGCUGCUGCUCUUCAUCGUCACUCACACCUGGAGGUGCGACUGAAAACAUCUGUUGAACAAAAGAGGCGUUGGGAAGAUGAAAGCGGCAGCUGGAUCAGGCUGCUCCCUGUGGAAACUGGACCCUGCCUGUCCGUCUGACUGCCUGUCAGUCAGUCCGUCAGCCCGUCUGCUGGUACGGACCGCUGCUGACGGACUGACCUGUAUAUUUUGUAAAAUUAUUAUUAUUUUUUUCUCCAUGUCAUGUCUCGGGGCUCAGCUCUUUAUGUAGCAGGUGUGACUCAGCUCAUGUGAGUCGGAGUGUAUGUGUGUGUGCACACAUGGAAGAUGUGGGUCAAACAGAAGCUGUGAGGUCCUUAGAAAAAGUUUAAAGCCACUAGAAGUGUAUGAGGUAUGUGAACCUCUGAGCCUUAGCCCUAAUUCUAACCCUGUACUGUCAGAGUUUGGGAUUUUUGAUGGUCUUCCAGGAUUAAAAUACAGAAAUGCCACUGAUAUUUAAAAUUAGGAUGGGAAAUCUUUUGAUUUUAAUAUCAGCUGGAGGAUGCAAAAUCAUUUCAGUUUCAAUAGACUGCAUCUCUCCAGCUCUUCCCUCUGAAUAUAUAAAAAAAAUGUGUUUCUCUGCUGUGGCGUUCAGCAUUAGAGGACUGUCAAAGGCACGAUUUGACCCUCGUCUGAUGUGUGCGUGUUGCCGUUGUGUCUUUAUCGUGCAACCUGUGUCCCUCUUCUUAUAAACUGUGAAAACUGGGCGCUGUGGUUGCAUCGCAGGGAAAAAGAAAACGAAACAAAGUCGGGUGUUAUUCCGCUACGGAGCGAAGCACAGACUGAACCUUUUUCUCAAUCUGCUUCAUGUCAGUGUACAAUGUGCCUUUCUGCUUGGCGCUCUGUUGAGGUCUAAUCUCCAACACCAGGACAAUCAGCCCCACACACACACACACACACACACACACACACACACACAAACAGUUUGAAUAAAACACACUUAAUGUUGGAGUGGCUUGUUUGCAGUCACUGGAUUCGAGCAUUCGCAUUAGAUUCAAACGUUCCAGCUUCACUCGCUCGCCCGCCUGUGUUGACAGUGUUCAUAGUUACUUGAUCAACUGUAAAUAUUCUUUUGGAAGAUGAAACUUAUCCCAAUCCAAAGGUUUGGAUGAACCUUAGUGGAGAGUUGGAAGAUGUUUUGUUUUUUUUAUGUUGUAACUGUAGAGCAAGUCUGAAAUUAAAUCCAGUGGAUUUGGGAAGAUAUUCCGUCAGCAAAAGAGAAAUAAAUGAU